AUGAAUAAUAAAGACUACUUAAAUGACUUUAAUUUAUAGAGAAAUAAUUACAUAGAUUAGCUGAAGAAUGGAUAAAAUAACAUUUUAGUAGCGAUUAGAUGUAGGCCUCUAAAUCAAAGAGAAAUAGAAAAAAGCGAAUAUGAAGUAGUAAGAAUUUUAGAUGAAAGAGUAGUUGUGCUAAUAGACCCAUAUUAUGAGUCUAAUUAGAAUGAUGUAUUAAGGAAGAAUAGAAAUAAAGAAAUGCAAUUUGCAUUUGAUUAUGCAUUUGAUGAAACUAUUUCCUAGGUUGAAAUUUAUGAAAAAACAUCGAAUUUUUUGCUUGAUGGUGUUAUUGAAGGAUUUAACGCUACAGUAUUUGCUUAUGGAGCUACUGGUGCUGGAAAAACAUAUACAAUGGUUGGUAGUCCUGAUAACCCUGGUAUUAUGUCAAGGACUAUGAAUUAGCUGUAUUAUUUGAUUUAGCAAAAUUCAAACCAGAAUCACUUUGUUGUUAGAGUUUCAUAUCUUGAAAUAUACAACGAAAAUAUAAAAGAUUUAUUGUCUAUAGAAGAUAAAAAUUUGGACUUGAGAGAAGAUCCUUCAUAGGGAGUUGUUGUUGCAGGUAUUACAGAAAUAGAAUGCAGCUCUACACAAGAAAUCAUGGCUCUACUGAAGGUAGGUAAUAGAAACAGAACAAAGGAAGCAACUGAAGCAAACGAAGCCUCUUCAAGAUCUCAUGCAGUGCUUUAGGUUUAAGUAGAAAUAAAAUAGUUAGAGCAAGGUCCUCAAGAAGAAGUUAAAUAUUCCAAGUUGAGUAUGGUAGAUUUGGCUGGAAGUGAAAGAGCAGCAAAUACAAGUAAUAGAGGACUAAGAAUGAUAGAAGGAGCUAAAAUUAAUUAAUCUUUACUUUGUUUAGGUAAUUGUAUUUAAGCCCUAUCUUAAAUAUAAGAAAAAAAGAACUCAAACUUGUUUGUACCUUACAGAGGCAGUAAACUUACUAGAUUACUUAAAGAUUCUUUAGGUGGAAAUUGUAGAACUGUAAUGAUAGCGAAUGUUUCACCUAGUGUUUUGACUUUUGAAGAUACUUAUAAUACUCUAAAUUAUGCAAACAGAGCAAAAAAUAUCAAAACUAACGUGGUUAGAAACAUUCUUAAUGUAGAGAACCAUCUAAAUAAUUAUGCUUAAAUAAUUCAAAAUCUCAGACAAGAAAAUGAAUAGCUUAAAAGGCAGCUUUCGGAUAAGCAAGGAAUAAACUUACCACCUAUCAAUUAAGGAAGUGAUUAUGAACAAAUAUAAAAUGAGAGCUUAAAUAAAUUAGAAAAAAUAAUAUAAAAACACUUUUAGUUGGAGCUAGAUAUUUAAAAGUCUUAAUAAGAUGUUGACUUUCAAAUAGAUAAGAUAAAUGGAUUAAUAUUUUAAUCACUUUAGGACCCUUCUAAUGAUAAAGAUAUAGUAAAGGAUAAAAUUGAUUCUUUCAAGCAAAAUUUAAAGAGUUUAAUGUAAUAAAAAGAAGAUUAUACAAAUAAAUAUAUUAAUCUCAUAGAUAAAAGAAAUGAUUUGCUUACGCAAAUAAAAUAGGCAAAUUUAUCUUUAAGCAACAAUAAUUAUAUUAUGAGCGUAUAUAAAUAAGCUUAAGUAUAAACUGAAAGCAUAGAAAUUUAGUAUAGAGAAAAAAAGUCAGAUAAUUAAUCAAAACACAAAGAAUAAUAGGUGCAAUUUUUAUAAUAACAAAUCAAGCUAAGAGAUGGAGUGAUUAAUGAUUGGAAAAAUAUAAUUUAGGAAGGGAAGUUAAAAAAUAAAAUAAUUUACAAAAACUUAAAAAACGUAGAAGACGUUGCAGAUUUUGCAAGACUGAAUCAUUCUACUAUUACAAAUUAAUCUAUUAUAUAAAAUGGAUCUCCAGUGAAUACAAGUCUCCAACAUUCUCCUAAAAGAAGAGUUUAAUCCUAGAUAAGUGUUCACCCUAAAAUGUAUCCUAAUUAAUAGCAAAAGAUAAGUUAAUAUCACCUCCCUACAAGAAAAAACCAAUUAAGUUUAUAGCAAGGCAGUGAUACAAAUUUACCAGAUUCUUAUUCUGCUCAUUCUAAAUCAAGUAAAGGAAACCGUUAGAACUAAAAUUAUUCUCCUGCUAAUUUUUAACCAAACUAUAAUCUACUAAAAGCAAGACAAUAGCAAUUAUAUUUAUAAAGAAAUCAAAAAUUUUUAAAGUAGUAAGAAAAGAAGUAUUUUAAUUGA